AAGUAUCACACUCGGAAAAAGAUCUGUAAACACAAAAAAUGAAGGAGCAGAAGAGCAAAAACGAUUGGUACCAAUGGAUGAAUUUACUGAUAUCAGAACCAUAUUAUGUUUAUCACUUCAUUAUAUUCUUUUCGUACUUGAUUGUCCGUACAUCUGCAAUUCAAAUCUUCUCAUCUGAUUUCUCCUACCUUCUUCUCCGUAGGGAAAUUCAAGCAGUUUUGGCUUUGUUAAUGUUGGUUACAGUCAAGUUGGUGAAAGAGGAAACUUGGGAGGGAUUUCUUUCUGAUGUUUUGUUUUUCUCAAAGGGGUUUCUAAUUGUAGUUUCUAUGCUCAUUGAUAUACAAUUGGCUCUCUGCUACAUAGUUGUGUUCUUCGUGGUGUUCACUUUAACUCAGCAACCACCCUACUCUGAACUAGGUCAUGCAACUAGGUUAACGCCAUUGCAGUUGGAAGUCAUAUUGACUGAAGGAAGCGCGUCAAGAUUCUGGUUGGUUGAAUUUCGAGCUUUGAAUUCGUCCAAUUGUAUACGAACAAGUCGUUUUGUUUCUGAUCUCUCAAUUACAUACUCAACUAAGAAUUUAUCUUUCGGCAUAGUGGAUCUGGGGCUAUUUCCCAAUGCUGCUGAAAAAUAUGGAAUAUCAAUGGGGGCAAGCAUUGGCCAACUGCCUGCAUAUAUAUUGUUUGAUAACGGAGUGGAGGUAAAACGUUUUCCUGAGGUAGAUUUUGAAGUAAGAACUUUCCAAAAACGACUCAGUAAGAAAUUCCUGUGCCGUCAUUUUGAGCUUGAUCGGCAUCUUAUCGAAUAUGUACACGUUAAAUAGCUAUAUGACUAUCAUUUACAGAGGGAGAGACUGAUAAAGAGGGAGAACUCAGUGAACUGCUGCAGGAACAGGAAUUUUACGAACUUAUUUUGAAAUUGGUCCCCAAGUAUUGUCUUGCGAGAAUGGUGAAAUCACAGCAAGCCAUUAUUUGGCAGCUGGAUGAACUGUGAAAUUGUCAUUCAUGUUCUUAUAGAGAAGUUAUUGAGGCAUGAUUUUUGUUUGAGUUUGUAUCUUAAACUAGAUAGUCUAUUAGAUUGCAUCAACAUCACCACUGAAUCGAUGAUUGAUUCAUAUUUGUGUACACUGUUUCCUGGCAAAUGUUCUGCCCAAGUCUUACAACCU